AUGGGCUGCGGGACUAGCAAAGUGCUACCAGAGCCCUCGAAAAACAGUUAUGUAAGCUUUGUAAAAUCGUUUGUGAGCUACAGUCACAGAAGGAAAAAUUUUGACAAUGAGCCACAAAGGUGUAAAGGGAAGCAGAAAGACCUUUGGAGCAUUGGAGUCACCCAGCUGCAGCCACACAUCCAGCAGACAACCGCCAAAGACGUGCAACAUGGGGACAGUAAAGUGGCCAGGUACAGGGCAAAGUUUGAUCCUCGAGUUACAGCAAGGUAUGACAUUAAAGCUUUGAUAGGUCGUGGUAGCUACAGUCGGGUGGUACGUGUCGAGCACCGUGCCACCCGCCAGCCUUUUGCCAUUAAGAUGAUGGAGGUGGAAGCCAAGGAGGGGCGCGAAGUGUGUGAGUCCGAGCUAGGGGUGCUACGCAGGGUCAGUCACCCUAAUGUGGUGCAGUUGGUGGAGGUGUUCCAGUCGACCCGACGGAUCUACAUGGUGUUAGAGCUGGCCACGGGCGGGGAGCUGUUUGACCGUGUCAUCGCCAAGGGCCAGUUCACAGAGCGUGAUGCCGCUCGUGCCCUGCAGAUGGCGCUAGCCGGGGUGGUCUAUCUCCACUCUCUAGGCAUCACACACAGGGACCUGAAACCUGAGAAUCUACUGUACUACCACCCUGGAGCGGAUUCACGCCUACUGGUGACUGACUUUGGGCUGGCCAGUUUUGGGAACAAGUAUCCUGGAUGGGAUGAGAGCGGAGGCUGGUCCAUGAUGACCACGUGUGGGACCGCAGAAUACAUGGCACCGGAGGUGGUCCUCAGGAUACCCUAUACCUGCCAGGUGGACAUGUGGGCCUUGGGGGUCAUCUCCUACAUCCUGCUUAGCGGCUCCAUGCCCUUCGAGGACGACAGCAGGCCCAGGCUCUACAGAGCCAUCCUCAGGGGAAGAUACAGCUUCCACGGAGUGCCCUGGCCCUCUGUGUCCAACCAUGCUAAAGACUUCAUUGAGUGCCUCCUAGUGGUGGAUCCUUCAUCCCGCCUCACAGCUACCCAGGCCCUUCACCACCCGUGGGUGGUCACCAUGGUAGCAAGCUUAUCAUCCAUGACCAACUUGCAUCGCUCCAUCUCCCAGAACCUCAGAAGGCGUGCGUCUCGGACCUCCGCCUCGUCCUCCUGUUGCCCUAGCAGCACAGGCUGCAAAUCCAGCCGCUGUCGCAGUCGGAACCAGGACUCAACCAAUUCUGAAACCCCCCUCCCAAUGCCAAACGCCCACUGAGAAGGUUCAGCCAGCGGGCUCCUCCCCCGCUGACACCUCAACCGCCACCCAGCCAGGGUGUUGCUGCCAAAGAUCCAGUCGCCCGACCAUCAGCAGCAUAACAGCUGUUCCGGCUCAGACUUCUGUGUAAAUGAGGCAGACGUCAGUGAGUCCAUCGCGAGUCUGUACUGACUAGGAAUGGAAUGACUAGGAAUGGAAUCUUGAAUAGGGUGCCAAUUCAAGAGCAGACACAUUCUCCGUUGGUGUCUGAGUUAGGCUGAGGCUUUAGUUACAAUCCCAUGCUAAGUCAGAACAAUUGUCUCUCCGGCUCUUUCAACACCUGCUUUAAUUGAAAACAAAGCACACUUACUGAUAUGCGGGUCAGAAGCUUUUCUUAGAUUACCCAUCUCCAACUGCAAUAGUGGUGAUCACACUUCUCCUAUAAGAAGAGGCGAAACGUCAGAUCAUUUAAGGAAGUACAAGUAAGACUGUGAGGAUGGGGCUUGAAAGGGAGUGAGACACUACCCCUUCAGACUCCCUGCUCUGUGAUAAUGUAAUAAACCAUCAAUAUUUAAAUUGAGUACCUAAAAAACUUUGUAUCAAAUACAAUCCAUUCAAAGAGUAAUCUAUGCAUAGACAAAAACAAAAGAGAAAAUGCUUUUGGGAGUGCAUUAAAAUGCAAAUCU